UCUUUCUUGAUGAUAACCUCAAUCUCAAAUGCUGCCAGUGUGGGAGAGAGGAGGUUCUGGCUGCUGUUUACAAGGCCUUGAGCAACCAUCAAAUCUAGCCAGAGAGGAUUCUGCUGAAGCCAAACAUGGUGACAUGUGGCCAUGCCUGCAUACAUUUCCUGAGGAAAUUGUCAUGGCAACAAUUACCACCCUGCACCACCCUGUGGCUCCAGCUGUGUCUGGAAUCACCUUCCUGUCUUGUGGCCAGAGUGAGGAAGAGGCUUCCAUCAACCUAAACACCAUCAACAAGUGCCCUUUGCCCGAGUCAUGGGCCCUGACCUUCCCCUGUGGCCAUGAGCUGCAAGCUUCUGUCCUCAAGGCCUGGAGUAGCAAGAGAGAAAAUCUCAGGCAUGCUCAGGAGACUGUUCUGCUUUGGCCAACAGCCUUGCCUGCCAAGCUUCCCUAGUGAGAGAACGGUGGAAAUUUGUGCCUUGCCUUGAAAGAACCCAGACAUCUUGAUUUAUUCCUUUCUUCUAA